CACACACACACACACACACACACAAACUGAAGUCACCGCUGUUAAGCAGUUACAGCUUGGAAGCACAAAUAAAUCACAUAUUUUAAUUAAAAUACCACCCGCGAACGGAGCGACUUGCGGUCCACGUUCAGCAAGCGGUCAGUUCUGCUCCCAGCGUGUGUCUCAUCCUCAUGGACCCUGGAGGAAGUGACCUGGAGCCUGACCUCUCCCAAAUAGAAAACCCAUGUUUGAUUGUAGAGGACUCCCAGCCAGAUAGCGCCGCCCUAGAGGAGGAUCCUGAGAGCAGCUAUUGUGCCCUGUUGGCCCGCCGCCUGUCCAGUUUGCAGCCCACCUCCCCUAGCCCUGUUCUGGAGCUGAUAUCAUCACCAGCUGGUAGCAGGUGCUCGCAGACCGAGAGUCAAACAGCUGCAGCCCAGAGUAACAAGCAUCCAAGCCCAGCCUCCUUGGAUUCCCCUUGCGCAGUUCAAGAGGACAGUCAGGUUUUUGAUGUAUGCCCCCCCGCUAAUUUAAAGAGGGAUCUGCCACCUUCCAACAGAAAGCGCUCCGGUGAAGGGAUGGAGAUGGAUGCUGGGGCCGACUCCACCACGCCGUGUGUCCAGUCGGAAGGUGGUUGGAGGACUUCGCAGUUUGGAUUCUUGGCGCUGUCGGAGAGUCAGGGUUUGAGAGGGGAGAUAGACGGCGGUCGAGAAGGCCAGGGAGAGGAGCCCGCUGCAGCGGGUCGGGCAGACGGCGAAAGUCGGGGGUGUGCUAAGCAAGGUGCAGAGGAGAGUAAAGCCGAAGGCCAGAAACCAGACAGCCGGAACAGCGCAUCUAGAAGGUCAGAGGUGAGUUCCAGCUGUCCACCUGAGCCCACGUGCCUGGAGAGGAAGGAGAGGAGCAUCCAGAAUCUUCUGCAUGCCCAAGCCUUAGAGGCAGAGGAGGGAGGGAAUGACGGUGAGGUGCCAUCCUCCCAGGACGACCUUUUUGAGGAAGGGAGAAGUGACACUGGGGGGGUGGACAGCACGGUUCCUGAAGCAGAAAGCCUGCGACUGCCCACGUCAACCCCUGCAAACACCUUGCAUCUUCUGCAUCUCUCCGGCCAGGGGACCCUGGUGCAGGAAAGCCUCUCCCAGAACUCUCUUGAAUUUGUGGCUCCCACUCAGGAACGGUUAAGCCAAACGCCUCUCAUUGUGCCCAACUCUCCCAUGGUGCAAGCACACGAAGCUGUUGAGGAACCCAUGGAUACGUCCGUUCCUCCCGAAGAGCCCGAACAUCCGUCCCGCAGAGAGGAAGAGCCCAUGGAGAUGGAUCACGCGCCUUCUCAGUCGGAUCCUAAGCUGCCUCCCACUGCAUCCACUCCAGUGUCCCGCAAUUCUCCAGGUUUCGUUCUGGAGAAGACUCUCCCUCUGCCGUCGCAGCCCGACUUCUCCCAUGAUAUAUUUGUUCCGACCCAGAGUCAGGAAGGAGGGGGCGGUAGCACGGGGCCAGACCCGCUAAUGAAGAAAGACCCAUCGGAAAGACGAGGGGUAGAACCCGCCACGGAGCACGAAGCCUCCCUCUCAGCCCAGUCACACCCCAGCGUGACGGUGGAGUCCUUCCGCUUAGAGCUCUCCACGAUCAGCGAGACCACUGCUGUCGCUCAGCAGGCACGUGAGCUGGAGGAGGAGGAGGAGGGGGAGCAGGAGGACAGUCAGGCCACCCAGAUAGAAGAGUUUGGGGAGGCUGUUGGCACAGCUUCCAGUAAGCUUGUCCUUGGGCCGCGUAAUCAACAGAAGGAUACGGGUGAUUUCCAGGAAGGGCUGAAAAACAGUGCUGACUCACCAAAAGUUUCCCAGGUGCCUGACUUGAUAAGCUCUAGCAGUAGGUGUGACAGUAUUGAAUUAAAUGCCACAAAUGACACUAAACCAGACUUGGAGUCAGGCCUUAUCAGACCGGCUGUUCCGGCCACGGAUGUAGUGUCCGCCGCACAAGGUAUCGACUUGACGGAUAGUCGCGCAUCACAGAAACGGGACGCGGGCUGCGCGCCGAAUGUCACGAACUCCCAGCAAAAGCUUGAAGCUGUCGGCUUGACGGCGAACGAUGCUUUGAAAUGCGGCCCCCCGCAAACCGCACGGGAGGCUCAGGCCAGCUUGGCUUCGCAGUCUCAGUCUCGGUCCAUCCUUAAGGAAGAGGAGGUCGGACUGCGGGAAGACGGCGUUAAGGAUGUGGUGAUGGAGGCCCGCUCCAGGAGUCCAGACGUCCGUGAAGUCUCGGGGUCUGAAGCUGAGGCGUCUCCUCUCGCUGCCUUUCGUGGGCCUGAAAAUGAAGGCGUGGCGGACGAAGAGAAGAUGGACGAGGAGGCGAAACCGGAGGGGACGUCGGAAGCCGAGCAGCCCGGGCUUUGCCUUUCCCUCUCUCAGAGCCAGAUGCUGUCCCCGGAACCUAUGGAAGAGGAUGACUCGCCUUUGCCUCAGGAGCAAGGCGUCCUGAAGGAGACCGUGGCCGCGGCCCAAGAGGAACCGGCUCCUGCCGAGGAGGAGGAGGAGGACGAGGGCAGCGGCGCGAUUGUUGUGGAGGAGAGCGAGAGGGACUCGCAGCCACAGUCGGACAAGGCUACCGCUUCACGCUCGGCAGACUUGUCUGUCCCCAUGCACGGUGUUCCCAUGGUUCCUGCGGAGGAUCCGCAGAAGCCAACGUCUCUGGCAGAAAGCCCGGCGGAGAAGGCCGCGUCUUCUCGGAACGGUACGGAACCGCGGCCCAAGGCCUCGAACCCGGCCGCUGAUGGCGUUUGGCAGUCUGAGAAGGCAACGCCCCCGUGCGCCAAGAAUGCUGACAGAGGAGCAGAGGAGAAUUCUGGGUACAGGAGCCCGAGCAAUAGUUCCGGAGAAGUGCCGUUUCACUUCACCCUUCCGAAAGAAGGGGAGGUGAUUCGACCGGUGGCCAAUGUCACACCUCCCUUGCUGAGCCAGUUAAAGAAAACGCCGAGACACAGUACACCCAUUGAAAUGACCUCAUUUUCAGAGAGAUCGGCUGAGGAGACCACCAUGGCGGCCAGCGACAUCACGGUGGAGGAGAGCAGGGAGGAGAAUAAAACCGCUCACGAAAAAGCCUCGGAGCAUGAUGGGAAGCUGAGUUUGAGGAUGAAACUGGUCACCCCAGUUGAGGAGAGUAGUUCGGUGUCUGAGCAUUUCAGUCUGCAAAAACCAGCACUAUUCGACGAUGAAGGCUCUGUUGCCAAGGUUACCACUGUUGUCAAGGCCGUAACCAGUCCCAUGAGUGUGCCUUCGGUGUUCAGCCGAGUGUGUGAGGUACGCAGGGAGGAGGAGGUGCAGGAGAAGGCCCAAGCCAACAAGCCCAGCACUCCUACUAGGGGAGGCCUUUUCAACUUGCCCUCCUCUCAGGUGAGUGAUGGCGAAAGAGCUGGUCCAGGUCCCCUGACGCAGAGGUUGAGGAACUUGCCCAGGAGCAAUGCUGUCUUCGAGACCAGCCAGUCAGAGGAGCUGUCCCCCAGGUCUGGGCAGGAGGGCUCAAUGCCAGCAAGCCCAGGUGGCAGCUCUGGGCCAGAGAGGGCAUCGCCUCACCUGGGCGGGGAGGAAGAGCCUCCUGCCGGAACCGUGGGCGCGAGCCGUGCCGACGGCCCUGCUGGCCAACCGGGGCCCGAGGAGGGAGCGACGCCUGCUCCCGGCACGCCUCGCAGACAGAGAGCCGUGUCCCAGCAGACCAGCUUUGACACCCACGCCUCACCCAGCCUUCCCAGCAAACUUCGCCAGAGGGCGGUGUCCCAGCAGACCAGCUUCGAGGCCCACGAGCCGCACUUCCCUAUGGCGCAGGGAGACCUGGAGAUGCCCCCCUUGCACUCCCCCCACGGGCAGGCCCUGCACAGACACGUGCGAACCAUCCGCGAGGUCCGCACCACCGUCACGCGCAUCAUCACGGACGUGUAUUACGAAAAUGGCCGAGAAGUGGAUCGUAAAGUCACGGAGGAGUGCGAGGAACCAGUCGUGGACUGCCGCGUGAUGGAGAACGACAUCUCCCCAUCGCGCACCGGGAGCUCCCUGACCUCCGGAGACCUAGCGGAUGUCAGUUCCUUCUCGUCCAAGACCUCCAGCCUGCAGCACAGCUCCAGUGGAACCAGCAGCACGGGGGGCGGUCCUGCGAAACAUGCCGACUUCAUCAUUCCUGUCAGUCGCGGGGGCAAAUCUGCCAGCCCCCGGAAGGCGAGUGGACAGCAGCAGAGGGCCCACUGUGGGCCAGGGGGGUCAGAGUGGAUGGAAGACAGAGGCAGAGCCCCACUAACACCGCGUGGAAGGGGCCGUCGCGGCAGGCCCCCCUCCCGCAGCCCCUUCGCCAGGGGUACUGGGAAUCAGCCAAGAGACAGUGGUCGAGCCCCCAUUUCUUCCUCGGAGGAGGAGCCCAACAGCAGGGCGUGUCCCCGUGUGGCGGAGAGCCUGGCCGAUGCCCCCGACUCCCCAGAGGCGGUGUCCAACACCAGCGGGGGCUCCAACAGCUUCGUGGGUCUGCGUGUCGUUGCCAAGUGGUCCUCCAAUGGCUACUUCUACUCUGGUUGCAUCACCCGUGACUCCGGGGCGGGCCGCUUCCGCCUGCUCUUUGACGACCGCUACGAGUGCGAUGUGCCGGGGAAGGACAUCCUCUUGUGCGACCCCAUUCCCCUGGAAACGGAGGUUACGGCUCUGUCCGAAGACGAGUACUUCAGCACGGGUGUGGUGAAAGGAUACAAGACCGAAGGUUCAGAUUUCUUCUACUGCGUGGAGAAGGACGGUCAGCGGAAGUGGUACGGGCGCAUGGCUGUCAUCCUGUCUAUGGAGCAAGGCAACCGUCUGAGGGAGCAGUAUGGCCUGGGACCUUAUGAACCUACCACCCCGCUCACCAAGGCGUCUGACAUCAGCCUCGACAAUCUGGUGGAAGGCAAGCGGAAACGGCGGGGGAACUCUGGGGGCGUGGGAACCCCAACUCGGAGCUCCGGUGACAGCCCAAGAACCCCUGGGCCGUCUGGGAAGAGAAAGUCCGUCACCCCUGCCGAGGAGGACAGGACACCUGCCAAAAGGGGGCGCAAGUCUGCCGGUCCCAGAACGGGACAGCGUGUGAAUGUGUGCAACACUUCAGGGAGUGGCACAGACUUGCCCUCUGAUCCUGGUGACCUGUUGGAGACCCAUGGGCCACUUCCCCAGAGUGCCACCCUCUUCCUGGGCUACGCUUUCCUGCUGACUGCCUCUUCAGAGCACGACCGCAAGACAAACCAGCAGACUAGUGAUGGAGAGGAGGAGUAUGUGCAGACUGCACCUUACAACAAGCGAUACACAGAGAGUCAGCUGGAAGCAGGAGGGGGUUUCAUUCUCCAGGACUUCAGUGAGGAGCAGUGCAAUGCUGCCUAUCAGAGCAUCCUAAUUGCAGACCAGCACUGUCGCACUGAGAAGUACUUGCUGUGUCUGGCCAGUGGCAUACCCUGUGUGUCACACAUGUGGGUGCGAGACUGCUGCCAUGACAACAAGCUGCUCAAUUACAGGAACUACUUGCUUCCUGCAGGCAUGGGGCCAGGAGACAGGAUUGUGGAGUGGCAUCCUCGUUGCUGCCCCUUCCAAUCGCUGAAGAUUCUUUUGGUUUUUGAGCAACCUGCAGACUUCCUGAUUAAACUGAUUAGAAUGGGAGGAGCUGCCUCUGUAUUCCAGCAUAAAGCAGACUGUGAUAUUGCAGAUACAGCAGAAGGCAUGUUUGACCUGGUGGUGACAGACCGCUCCUGUCCCCCACCGGUGCUGAACUGGGCUAUAUUGUUGGAUCUGCCCAUUGUGGCCCCGGAGUGGCUCAUCCAGAGCCUCAUCUGCGGAGAGAAGCUGGGCUACAGGAGCCAUGCCCAAUACCAGUAUGACUACUCUCCCUGAAGUCGAGCAUCAUCCCAUGUGUUUUAGUUUUAGUGCAUGUUUCUUCCUGUACAUAGUUUUUAAUUCCUCUCUUUUAAAAAUAAAUUGUGAUUGGUUCA